AUGUCUUCCCAGGCCCUUACGCGCCCCGUCCUCCGCCAGUCCGGAGCUCUGCGCAUGGCUGCCCGCAGAUUCGAGUCCACCACCACAUCCAAGGCCGCCGACGCCGCCAAGGAGACCGCCUCCAAGGCAUCGAGCUCCGCCUCCGAGUAUGCCUCCAAGGCACAGCAGGGCCUCUCCAAGGUCACCUCGGCCGCUGGCCCGGCUAUCUCGGGCGCUGCCAGGGGCGUCGCCAGCUCCCUGAGCAAGGUCGGUGGCCGGACAGGCAGACUGGUUGCCUUUGUCGAGAAGCAAAUUCCCCAGGUCAUCUACUACUCCAAGGUCGGUGCUGAACUCGGCAAGAUCGUGUUCCGCAACCAGAAGAUGUCUCCUCCCUCCCUCGAGACUUUCCAGAGCUACUGGCAGAAAGCUUACAAGACGGCGCUCAACCCCAGCGCUCUUGCGCAAACCGCCUCGCAAACCGCUUCCAAGGCCGCUCAGCAGCCUGCCUCGAUAGUUGAGCGUGUCCGAAACGUGAACCGCGCCCAGGUCAUUGCUGGCGGUGUCGUUGCUGCCGAGUGCCUUGGUUUCUUCACCAUUGGCGAGAUGAUUGGCCGCUUCAAGAUCAUCGGAUACCACGGCGACAACGGUGCUGCCCACCACUAA